AUGACAGUCGCAAUGGAGAAGGAUAAACAUCAUGAUUCAGAGUCAGAGUCAACGACAACAAUCCCGGUAGAUGGGGGUCCACCUCUUGAAACUGGCGCAGAUCGCGACCUUGAGCCGGCGCAUCCCGAGAACGAGAAGAAGCUUCGUGUGGAGGAUGAUGUUACCCUCGUCGAGUUCAAGGAUGGCGACCCGCUGAAUCCUUUGAACAUGUCUCCAGCACGAAAAUGGUUGAUCACAAUUAUUGUCUCAAACGCAUCCCUAUGCGUGACCUGUAACUCCUCAAUCUACACAUCAACAUACACCGGAAUCCAAGAUUCUCUCCACAUAUCCCACAUUGUCGCAAUCAUCGGCCUAACCCUCUUCAUCGCUGGCCUAGGAACCGGUCCCCUCUUCCUCGCCCCCCUCUCAGAAUUCUUCGGCCGCCGCCCAAUCUACCUAAUCUCCUACACCCUCUUCUGCCUCCUCAACAUCCCUCUCGCCCUCUCCCCAACCGUCUGGCUUUUCCACCCCGUUCGAUUCAUCCACGGUAUGACCGGAUCGGCGUUUUUGUCCGUAGCGGGAGGUACGGUGAGUGAUAUGUUUGCGAAGAAAGAUCUUGGAGGACCAAUGGCGGUGUAUACUGCCAGUCCGUUUCUGGGACCUGUUGUGGGUCCGAUAUUGGGUGGAUUUAUUGUCGCGGGCGCGGGAUGGAGGUGGGUGUUUUGGGUGAGUUUGAUAUGGAGUUUCGUCGUGCUUAUUGCGAUUGCGCUCGGUGUCCCCGAGACUUAUGCGCCCAAGCUUCUCGUCAAGGUCGCUGCUCGGGAACGUCAAGAAACAGGCAAUCCCAACUUGCGGGCGCCAAUGGAAGUCUCCCAGAAAUCCAUCCUGAAGACGAUCGGGGUUUCGGUCCUCCGUCCCUUCCAACUUCUCAUUUACGAACCCAUCAUCCUCGCACUCAACAUCUACACCGCUUUCCUCCUCGGCAUCCUCUACCUCUUCUUCCAAGCCUUCCCACUCGUUUUCCACGUUUCUCAUGGGUUUCCGUCAUCGUGUACUGGGUUGGCAUUCUUGGGAAUUGGGAUUGGGAUGGUUGGAGCUACGUUGUCACAGCCGUAUUGGAAUGGGCUUUAUGCUAGAAGGGCGCAGGAGUUGGCGGAGAAGGGGGAGGCGAUGGUGCCAGAGGAACGGUUGAGAGGUGCCAUGGUUGGUGGAGUGCUGGUUCCCGUUGGGAUGUUGUGGUUCGCUUUCACCUCUUACAAAAGCAUCCACUGGAUCGUGCCCAUCAUCGCCGGUAUACCCUUCGGUGCUGGUGUACUCUUGGUUUACAUCCCAGUCUUCUCCUUCUUGGUCGAUUCGUACCGGGUUUACGCGGCGAGUGCACUCGCGAGUAAUUCGUUUGUGAGGAGUAGUUUCGCGGCGGGGUUCCCGCUUUUCUCGAGUGCGAUGUAUGCGAGGUUGGGGAAUGUCUGGGCGAGUGCGGUUCUUGGGUUUAUUUGUCUGGCGAUGAUGCCGAUACCGUUCUUUUUCUUCUACAAGGGACAAACAUUGAGAAAGUGGAGUCGGUAUGCUUAUUCUUGA